AUGGUGAAAGAGAUAUUUCGGAAUCUCCCCAUUGGAAUGGAUCCUCUUACAUUCUGUGGAAUCAUAGAUGUCCAUAGAAUGAAUGAAUUGAUCAACAAAAUCCGAAAUGAGACCCAAUCAUUGAAGGAGCAUAAUGAAUUUCUGUCUGACUUGUUUGAAUUCGAAGAACCAUCACAGAAACGAUCACAAGCUGAAGAUCCUGCUGCGAUCUCUCUUGAAAGAGAUCCAAAGAUGAUGAAACAAACCGUUGUAUCUUGCUCCAGUAGCAGCAGCGGAUUGUCUUCUUCUUCAUCGAAUCCAUCAUCCAGUGUGAAUCAUGAGAAACCUCAUUUGGAAUUAGCAGAGAAGUCCUCCUCCUCCUCCGUUUUUCCAACAUUGGAUGUAUCCACAGCACCAUCAACCACAACACUAACAACAAUUGUUGCUUCAUCAUCCACAAGCUCUGUGGUGGAUCUCGGUAAAAAACCACCAAGACCAAGAAAAAUCGUCAAAAGAACAACCAACCAAUCAUCACCCAAGGAAAGAACCUCUCGAAAAGAAGCAACAUCAACGGAGAGUGAAGAAGAUGUAACGAGUAACGAUGAAUCAAGCUCAGAAAACAUUGAAGAAGAAGAUUAUGAAAAUCUCACAAGAAGACCAACAAGAAACACAACAAAGAACGCACUUGGAUUGUUCAAACAAAUUGCUCAAGAUGAACAAGAAGAACACCAGGAAGAGACUUGUUAUUGA